AAACAAGUUCCUAAAGUUUAUGAGCAACUCAAAAAUCAUGGAGAACAGCACACCUGGCCUCCAGCUCACUAGAUCCAAAACUGAUCAAAUAUCUGUGGGAUGAUUAACAGAGGCCCCUCAAGUAAAUAGGACCCAAAGGCCCCCACUAACAACAUUCUGCUGCCAGUUCUCUGAAGGGUCACAGCUGUUUUAGAGGCACAAGAGAGACCUACACAGUAUUUGUUAUGCCGGAUCAGCGUAUAGUUAGUUCAAAACCCAGUUUUCACUAUCGUGCUUGUCCCUGACUUUGCCUAACCACUGAUUAAUUGAGAAAUGAGACAGCACUCACCAGCACUCACCUGUCACUAACACACUAAAUUAUGCAAAACUUGCUUUGAUAUAAAUAAUAAAAAUAAUAAAAACAGGUGAGUAAUAUAAAAUUUAAUCUCUGAACAGUUGUACAUUUUUUAAUAGAAUGCUAUUAGUAUGUUUCUUUGUUUAUUUAUCUUGAUUCAGUAUCAACAAUUUAAUGGAAAUCCAUCCAGCAGAAAGUAAAAGUGGACUGAAGUGGUAAACUGACCUAUAGCUUACUUAAAUGUUGGAGUUUAAAAAAAGUACCUGUAUGUACAGUAUGUCCUGUAGUAUGAUUUAUAGGUCACUGAGCUGAGCGACAGGGACUGAGGGAAUUAGAACAAGCAUCCUACCUCACUUUGCAUUGGCACUGCUUCUGUGGCAGAAAACAAAGAAUUUGAUCAAACUGCGUACUUCCUCACUGUGAGGUCCUCUGUAGGUGUAAAAUGCGACAAAAACAGCAAAACAAAGAAGAGAUAGCAAGUGUCAUUUCAGAAGCAGACUCACCAAUGACUCCUGAAGGCAUAACUUUGCCGUAUGGUCCAGUCUCUUUGAAAUCAGGGAUCUACUCUGGAUAUUUCCAACUUUAUGAAGUUGUCAGCACUGGACUGUGGAAAGUGGUGGCGAGAUUCCAAAGCAAACCACAGAUGAGCUACUCUGCAGAGUUUGAGGUCAAAGACUAUGUGCUGCCCAGUUUUGAGGUUAAACUGACAAGUCAGAGCUCUUUCUUCUACGUGGAUGGCACAGACCUCACUGUCGACAUCCGAGCUACGUAUCUGUUUGACGAAGCCGUGGAUGGGACAGCCUACGGGUUGUUUGGGGUUGUGUAUCAGGAUGAAAAGAUGACUUUUCCCAGCUCGCUUCAGAGAGUGACGAUUGAGAGAGGUGAAGGACAGGUCACACUGCAGCGACAACACAUCACACAAACCUUUGAGAACAUCCACGAUCUGGUGGGGAGCUCCAUAUUUGUGGCAGUCAGUGUGCUGACAGACAGCGGUGAGAAACGAAAUGAAAUGGUGGAGGCAGAGCUGAAAGGUAUCCAGAUUGUCACAUCAGCUUACGCCAUCAACUUCAAGAAAACGCCCAAAUAUUUCAAACCGGGAAUGUCCUUUGAUGUUGUGAUUGAAGUGGUGCACCCUGAUGGCUCUCCGGCAAAAAGUGUUCCAGUGGUGGUUGUUCCAAAUGAAGUCAAGGGCCUCACUGCAGCCAAUGGCAUGGCAAGGCUUUCUAUUAAUACGCCGGACAAUCCUCAACCACUUACAAUCACAGCAAAGACUGAGAACCCUCGUAUUUCAUCUGCAAUGCAAGCAACAGCCAACAUGACAGCUCUCCCAUAUACCUCUAAAAGCAACAGUUACAUCUACAUAGGUGUGGAUGUAGCAGAAGUCCAACCAGGAGAUAACAUGAAAAUUAACCUCGUCCUCAACAGGCAGGAAAAUGCAGAAAAUGACAUCACUUACCUGAUCCUGACCCGAGGUCAGCUGGUGAAUUAUGGGCGUUACAGGACAAAAGACCAAGUACUCAUUUCCCUGAUGAUUCCCAUUACCAAAGAAAUGCUGCCAUCAUUCCGCAUUGUGGCUUACUACCAUCCUAGUGACAAUGAAGUGGUGUCAGACUCUGUGUGGGUGGAUGUAAAAGACUCCUGCAUGGGUUCGCUGACAGUGGCACCAUCAAACCCUUCUGCAUCUCAUGCGCCUCUCAGUACAUUCAGCCUGAAAGUGACAGGAGAUCCAGGGGCCACAGUGGGGCUGGUGGCUGUUGACAAAGGCGUCUACGUCCUCAACAACAAGUACCGUCUCACCCAGAAAAAGGUGUGGGAUUUUGUAGAGAAACAUGACACAGGCUGCACACCAGGUGGAGGGAAGGACAGUAUGAGUGUCUUCUAUGAUGCCGGAUUGCUGUUUGAGAGUAAUAUAGUGUCUGGCACUCCCUACAGACAAGAACUGAAAUGUCCGGCAGCUCCCAGCAGGAGCAGACGAGCCACUGAUAUGAUGAACAUCACCACCAGCUUAUUUAGUCAAUAUAAAGACAAACUUCAACGUGACUGUUGUUUGGAUGGCAUGAGGGACACCCCCCUCUCAUACACCUGUGAGAGGCGCAGUGAGUACAUCUGGGACGGUGUAGCCUGCAUCGAGGCCUUCCUGCACUGCUGCAAGGAGAUGGAAAAGCAGAGGGCUGAGAAGAAGCGGGAAGGCCUACAACUGGGACGCAGUGAUGAGGAUGACAACAGUUACGCGGACACCAAUGAUAUAACUUCUCGCACUAAGUUCCCUGAAAGUUGGCUCUGGUCAGAAAUCAAACUUCCUACGUGCCCACCAGAAACACCUGACUGCGACACAACAACCUUUCAGAGAAAUAUUCCUUUUCCCGACUCCAUCACCACCUGGCAGUUCACAGGCAUCAGUCUGUCAAGAACUCAUGGAAUCUGCGUUGCCGAUCCAUUAGAAAUAAUUGUCCGGAAAAAUUUCUUUAUUGACCUCAGACUGCCGUACACUGCUGUCCGCGGAGAGCAGAUAGAAAUUAAGGCAGUCCUCCACAACUACUACUCUGAUCUUUUAACUGUGCGUGUGGAUCUUAUUGAGACGGAGCAUCUGUGCAGUGCCGCUUCUAAGCGUGGGAAAUACCGUCAGGAGGUUAAAAUUGGAGCUCAGAGCACACGUGCUAUACCCUUCAUAAUUAUUCCCACAAGAGAUGGACAAUACCGCAUCGAGGUCAAAGCAGCUGCUAAAGACUCCCUCAGUGCCAUCAGUGAUGGAAUCAUGAAGAUGCUGCGGGUGGUGCCUGAAGGCUUACUGAUCAAAUCUUCUCAGACUGUAACUUUGGACCCCACUAAAAAUGGAGUAGACGGUAAACAAGUGGAAAUCAUCAACAGUAGAAUUCCUCGUAGAGACUUUAUCCCAAACACACCCACCAGCACACAGGUCUCUGUGACAGGAAGACAGCAGGUAAAUGUGGUAAAGAACACUAUCAGUGGGGAACCAAUGGACAGACUGAUCUACCAGCCUUCCGGCUGUGGAGAGGAGAACAUGAUCCACAUGACCAUGUCUGUCAUUGCAACCACAUAUUUGGACAAAACCAACCAGUGGGAGAGCAUGGGCAUCGAGAGACGUUACGAAGCCCUCGAACACAUAAGAACUGGAUACACAAACCAACUGGCCUACCGUAAAAACGAUGGGUCUUUUGCUGGAUAUCCAGAUCGCCCAAGCAGCACCUGGCUGACAGCAUAUGUUGCCAAGGUGUUUGCAAUGGCUCAUAAUCUAGUGAGAGUGGAAAGCUCGGUGAUCUGCGAUGCUGUCAACAUUCUGAUUCAAAAGGCACAACAACCUGAUGGAUUGUUUGCAGAAGUUGGACAAGUGUCCCAUAGUGAGAUGACUGGUAAUGUCCUCAGCAUAGAUGAGGACGCCUCCAUGACGGCCUUCUGCCUCAUUGCCAUGCAGGAGUCACGAACAAUAUGUGCCACUACGCUUAAUAGGCUGACAGACAGCAUAGACAAGGCAGUGGCCUACCUGGAGAAGCGCCUGCCGAGCUUAGUCAACCCUUAUUCUGUUGCCAUGACUUCGUAUGCCCUGGCCAAUGAAAACAAACUGAACCGGGACAUCCUCUUCAAGUUUGGUUCCCCAGAUUUAUCCCACUGGCCUGUACCUACGGGACGCCGUGACACACUAGAGGCCACAGCUUAUGCUCUUCUAGCUCUAGUCAAGGACAAGGCCUUUGAGGAAGCCCAACCUGUUGUCAGAUGGUUCAACAGACAGCAGAGGGUGCAUGGAGGCUAUGGAUCAACACAAGCCACCCUGAUAGUGUAUCAGGCUGUCGCAGAGUACUGGACCACUGAGAAACCAGAUUAUUAUGUGAAUGUGGACAUCCUAUUGCCGGGCAGGUCGAAGCCUAACAAGUACUACUUUAACAAGGAAACCCAGUUCGGCACAAGAACCUCCAAAGUCAAUAGUAUAAACCAAGAUGUGAAGGUGACUGCCACAGGCCCAGGAGCAGCAACACUGACGAUGGUGUCGCUGUAUUACAUUCUGCCUAUAGAGAGGGAAACUAACUGUCAGAAGUUUAACCUGUCGGUGCAGCUCAUCCCAGAAAAGAUGGAUGAAGCCCAGAGUAUAUAUAAGCUGAAGAUAGAAGUGUUGUAUAAGGACGUGCGUGAUGCUACCAUGUCAGUCUUGGAUAUUGGCUUGCUCACCGGCUUCACUGUUAACACAAAAGACCUGGACUUAUUGUCUAGAGGACGUGCCCGCACUAUUGCAAAAUACAGACUGAACCCCGAUGAGUCAGAAAGAGGCUUGCUCACCAUCCACCUGGACAAGGUUUCUCACACAAAACCAGAGGAGAUCACUUUUAGGAUCCAUCAGACGCUGAAAGUGGGUGUCUUGCAACCAGCUGCUGUGUCUGUCUAUGAAUACUACAACCAUCAAGACGGCAACAAAACACAAUGUGUGAAAUUCUACCAUCCAGAGAAGAGAGAUGGACAGCUGCUGCGUCUCUGCAGAAAUGAUGAAUGCACAUGUGCUGAAGAGAACUGCAGUAUGCAGAAGAAGGACAACGUAGACAAUAGUGUGCGCACAGCCAAAGUUUGUGAGACUACACUGACCAGCAAAAUAGAUUUCGUGUACAAGGUGAGACUGGUGGAGUUUAGAGACGGCUUGUCCACUGACAUUUACACAGUGGAGGUGCUGGAAGUCAUCAAAGAAGACGCCUCGUGUUUCUUGCCAGGAAGUUAUGAUGUGGGUCCUCAGGGUAAACAGCGCACCUUCCUAGGUUAUUCACACUGCAGAGUGGCUUUAGAUCUAAGGACAGGGAAAACCUACCUCAUCAUGGGCACUUCCAAAGAUAUAUAUAAAGAUGAACAGAGUCGAUUGUAUCAGUAUGUGCUCGGUGAGAAAACCUGGAUCGAGUACUGGCCUACAGAAACGGAGUGUAAAACUCCGAAAUUCAAUGAGACCUGUUCGGGCAUGGAUGAAAUGGUCGAAGACUUCACAAAGCGUGGGUGCCGGAAUUAGUGAAACUGAAAUAAUUUACCUGGGACAUUCCUGGGUUUCUUGUAGAUGUUUUGUCUAGUCCCAAGUUACAUAAGGCAUGCGAGUUUCAGGUGGACAUUGCCAACAAAUCACCUUUCAAUAAACUAGACACAGGCUACUGAGUGUGAAGCACAUGGUUAGAUGACUCAUUUAGGGAUUAAGGUGCAAGGCCCACAGAUAAAAAAAAAAAAAAAAAUAGAGUAAUAAAAUACUGUCAAAGGGGGUAGCAGUGUCAUCAAAUCUGAUCUAAUCUAAUAAACUGAGAUGUACUUGA